AUGACACAAAAGAAGCAACAACAAGAACUUCAAAACAGCAACAGCAGCAGUACAUCAUUGUCUUUACAACAAUACUUUAGUCCACAAUCUUCAUCUUGUUCAACAACAACAACAACAACAACAACAGCCCCAUUACAACUAUCUCAACUAUCAUCUUCUCAAUUAUCAUCUUCACAGGUAGACUUGGGAAUAUCUUCAUACCCAGAGGGUGAAGUAUUAUCAGUUCAUUACGGUGAUUGGGGUAUAUGGCCUGUUAGAGUAGCAAAACUAUCUGAAGUAAGUCCACAAACUUUAAAAGGAAGUAAAAAGGAUCAGUUUCUUGUUUAUUUUUUUGGUUCACAAGAUUAUGGUUUGGUAAAAGAAACACAAAUCAGACAAUAUCGACCAGAAGAUUUAAUUAAACAAAAAUUUAAGGCAAGAGAUCAUACCAAGCUGACAAAAGCUAUCGACGAAGCCAAUGAUUGGAAAAAUCUAGAGGAAAAGGACUAUCCAAUAUAUAUUCCAGAGCCAAAAAAAAUUAAAAAGGAAAUAGACCAAGACUUUUUGACACCAACAAAACCUCUCCUCUCAACUACUACUACUACCACCACCGCCACCAACCAAAAGCCGGUUGCACUAUCAAAAAGAAAAAAAAAGCUGAUAGAUAGUUCUCCUUUUAUAGAAAUCAUGCCACCAAAAACAACAAGAACAACAACAACUAGAGCCAAAAAAGGAACCAAACAACUGAAAAAAAAGGAAGAGGUUGAGGAAAUAUACGAAACAUCUAGUUUUCUACAAUCUACUCCAAAAAGAACACCCUUAAAAUUCACAACUCCAUCAAGAGAUUCACACAAUGACCAAACAUCGAAUAUAAAAGAAUCACCACAACAACCAAACAUUAGUCCAAAUACAACCCCACAGUCAAAUAGAAAGAAGCAAUUGGACUUUUACCCAAUUUCCUCUGCGCAACAACACUUUCAACCAAUUUAUGUAAAGCAGGAAAAUGGCACUACUACUCUCCAAUCCUCACUUACGAGCGUUCAACUUGAAGUUGAACUGAUACAUAUCCUUUCCCUUCGUUCAUACACAAUGGUUGAAAUUAAAAGCAGAUUUAAUGUUUCACAAGUCAAAGACGAUUCUCAAAUUACACUUGCACUUGAAAGAGUUGCAACCACUACAAAUGGUCAGUGGAUGUUGAAAGCCGAUCAGUUGGAAUUUAUAAAUGAAAAUUGGCAUGGAUUUAAAGACGAUAAUGAAAGAGAAUUGGUAAAGAAAAAAAAAUUCGACUAUCUAUUCCACCUAAACCAACAAUCUCCCAAUCCUCGCCAAUCUGCGAGUUCAAAUCAACUGUUACCAUUUUUCAAUGCGACAACUCCUCAGCCCAUUGCAAAGCAGGCUUCCUUGUCUCCUCACAAAAAAAAGAAGCAUCAACCACCACCACAAUUGGAUGCCUCAAUUGAUAUUAUUACACCAAUCAAACCAAACAAAACAAAACCAACCAACCGAUCAUCUGAUUUUUCCUCCUCUUCCUUUUCCCCACAGCACCGCUAUCCUCUUGAUAUUUUAAAUGCUUCAUCAAAUUUGGACACCACCAUACCACUAUUGGAUGAUGAUUGUGUGCAUAAUCCCGCCACACCCUCUGCUACAAUACUGACAACCGGCGACUCUGCAGAUGACGAUGAUGAACCAAUUGAAAGUACUCAAGGCCACGAUAUCCCUGUACUAGUUGAAAAUGGUUCUCAACAACAAAAUAAUUCAAUCACUAAUAGCGCCAACAACAAUAACAAUAGUAAUAAUCCAACGAUAAUUAAUAAUAUAUUUUUUCAACAACAACAACAACCCGAACAAACUGAACAUCAUCAACAACAACAACAACACCACUAUCCUUUACCGUCACAGUCACCAUUACCCAACACAUCCACUCCUCCCACACCUCCACCCUCUCAUCUAUAUCUCUAUCGACCAAAUUCCACGCCAUAUUCAUCACCAUCAUCUUCAAUCCCUGCAACAUUGGUUGUUACUUCACCUCUCUCUUCGAAUAACAACCAAAGCAGCAGUAGAAAAGCAAAAAACUAUACCUCAUCGACCACAACAAUUACAACUUCAUUCCACCACUAUCCAUCUCCCAACGAUGAUUCAUCAGACAGUGAUGCUUUUCCACCGACCAUGCCCGUCAACUUUGGGGCAUUUGAACAGGGACAACCAAUUUCCAGCGCCACCAACAACAACACCUCAAAUAAUCUUAGUACAAGAGGAGGGUUUAGUAUUAUCAACAACCAACAAAAACAACAAAACGAUGGUGACAAAACGAUGGUCGCCAAACUUUUAGAAAAUGAAUUUUUACAAAAAUUCAUCAACGAAUCAAUUCAAGAUCUUUUCAAAUCAAACAAACAAGUCGAAAGUGUCAUCGAGGACAAGUUAUCGAAAAUCAAAGACGAUUUGACUGAAAAAGUGAACAACCAACUUUUAUUAGAGUCUAGAAAAAGAAAAAAGAGUUUUCAAACCAUCAUUGACUCUCUUGACUCUAUAGAAUCCUCUGUAAGAAAUCUUAAACAAUCUUUAUUAUCACUUGAUAAUAACGAAGAAGAAGAUAUAAAUUCAAAUAAUGGAUCUCAUUAA